AUGGCGAAGACGCGACGGAGAAAGCGACGAACGCACGUGGACGCGGACGCGGGCGGCGGGAGCAAAGGCAAAGACGCGGACGCGCCGCGGACGUUCGUGUUCACGCGAGGACGCAUGGCGGACGCGGUGAAGGAUCUGAGCGAGGAUUUGCGAAAGGUGAUGGAACCGCACACGGCGCGGAAUUUGAAGGAAUCGAAGAGCAAUAAGUUGAAAGAUUUCGUGCAAGUAUCCGGACCGCUGGGGAUUUCGCACUUUUUGAUGCUCAGUUCGUCGGACGCGUCCAAGUAUUUCAAGAUUUGUCGAACGCCGAGAGGGCCGACGUUGACGUUUAAGAUUCAUUCGUUUUCCCUGUCGAACGAGGUCGCAGCGACGCAAAAGAACCCGAGGAAUCCAGCGAAGGCGUUUUUGUCGCCUCCGCUCGUGAUUUUAAAUAACUUUGGCGAUGAAGCGCAUCAAAAGUUGGCGACGAUUACGUUUCAGAAUAUGUUUCCGCCUAUCAACGUGCGCAAGGUGAAGCUUUCAACGUGUCAGCGCGCCGUGCUCGUGGAUUACGACGCCAAGACGAAAAGAUUUCAGUUUCGUCACUACAGCAUCAACGCCGCGCCCGUGGGGGCGAAUAAAAAAUUGAAGAAGCUCUUACAGUCGAGAAACGCGCCCGAUUUGGGGGACACGCAAGACGUGAGCGAAUUUUUCGACAAGAGAGUCGGCGACGCGAGCGAUAGCGAAGGCUCCGACGACGAAAGUCGACGAGUGCACUUGACGCAGGACUUCAAUCGCGUCGCUCACGCCGACAGCACGUCCAAGAUUAUCCUCAACGAAAUCGGUCCUCGCAUGGAACUCGAGCUCGUCAAGGUCGAGGAAGGCAUGUGCGACGGCCGCGUGUUAUACCACGCCUACGUCAAGAAAACCGCGGAAGAGGUCAAAACUCUCGAGCAGAAAAAGGUCGAGCGCGAAAAGUUACGAAAACGCCGACGAGUAGAGCAAGAAGCGAACGUCAAGCGCAAGGCGCGCGAGAAGGAAAUCAAAGCGGACGCCGAGCGCGCCCGUCAAGGCAAAUCCAAAAAGAAAUCCUCCGCCGUGGACGAGUUCGGGAACGUCCGCGACGUCGAGGGUGAGGCAGAAGACGACGCCAAGUGGGCCGCCGCGUUCGAACGCGAAGAAAAAGAAUGGCGAGAGGGCGACGUGUACGACGAGCGUUCCGGAAAGACAAAGCGUAAACGCCACGGCGACUAG